UGAACAAGAUAGUACACAACACAGCUAAUAGUCCAACUUACUGCUCUAAUUUCUCCCCAUUGACUACCAACAAGACUUUCCAACAGAAGAAAAUCUUGCCUAAGAUCGGCAAGAGGAGUCUGAGGUCUCGAUUUAAUACCUUCGUCAAAGAGAACUCUAGAAAUAAGGCUGAUAUGAAAUUUAUGCCACAGUCAAAGAAUAAGAAACUCUUCGAUGCACUUCAGAAAAACGUGCAUGGCAAGCUUGCUGCCUUUCCUAAAGGUCUCAGACAGAAUUUCAACAGGAAGCUAAGCAAGAACCAUAAUAUUUUUGAGAAUCCUUAUUUUCUAACUGUGCUACUAGCAAAGUUGAAAUCCUAAAAAGAUUAAAAAUACGUUUACAAGGCAGACAACUCUGGCAUCUAAAGGAACUUCUAAAAGAACCUCGAACUAUUCAAAAGCAACUUCGAAAUUUUCUAGCAGAAAUCCGUCCAGAACUCGGAGAGGUGGUCAAAGAAUGUUCAGCCCUGGAAUUAUUCGAAAGAAAGAGAUCACACCUCCUAAUAGGACUGCUUAUAAAUCACAUAGUAACAGGAGAAAGGGUAUAACUCCUCCAAAGAGAAGGAUUAUCAGCCCUAAGAUUGCAGUUAGGAAGGAGAUUACUCCACCACCGAAGAAGAAGAUCAGGAGCCCUAGACCCACAGAUAUUUGCUUUAUACAGAACCAGUCUCCUGUUAACAUGAAGUAUGAAGUGUUUUACAAAAGGAAAGAUCAGAAGCCCACCUGGAGAUACUGAAAAAUUAACGAUAAUUCCAACAUAGCUCCAGAUCUAGAUAUGAGAUCAGCAGCAUCUCCGAAUCUUCAGAUUCCAAUGAAGAAGCAAAAGGAGGAGAAAAAACCAAAGAAACCUCAAAUGAGGAGCACGACUAAAAUUAUUUAUGAAUACCUUCAUGACUUGACUGAAAAUGAGGUCACCGAAGAUGAGAACCAAACACCUCAACUAAAAGAUUCUCAAGUUUUUUAUAAUCUUACUCGUAAAAGUCCUGCAUCUUCAAGUUGCUCUGUAAGCUCUGCUAGAAGAAGAACAAAAGGUAAGAGCCAGUUUCACAAUGCAAGAAAAGAAGUAAACUCUUCAGAAAGUAUCUCGGGCAGCAGUCAGCUAAGUAAGGAAGACAUAGAUGUGUUCUGAUUUAAUUACCCAAAAUCAAGUAAAGAUCUCUAAACUCCAUUUUUAUAAUUCUACAUCUCUUAA